AUGUCUGACACCAGUGCAUUGUGUUCUAUAUGUUUAGAAUCCCUGGCCAAGUACACAUGUCCCGCAUGUACUGCUCGAACAUGCUCAAUGGAGUGUAUUAAACGACAUAAAAAACAGACUGAAUGUACGGGGAAGGUGGACCAAUCGAAGUUCAUUCCAAAGAAGGAAUUAGCAGCAAGUGCUUUGCAUAUCAAUAGAGACUACAACUUUUUACUCCAGAUGGGACGCGAAAUCCUGGUGGGGAAAACAGACGUAAAGGUCAACGCCCGCAAUGUGUUCAAGCGUGGGAACAACUCCAAUUAUAACAGAAAUAAAAGACCCAAAUUAGAAGCAUCCGAUGCUCAUCUCACAGAUCACAGAAUAACUGCGGUUAAGAAGCAUUUCCCAGAAAAUACUCCGUACCUUACCCGUCGUGAAAACACCAUGUGUGUUAUUCUCCCCGAUGGAAUGUCCAGGUCAACUAGCAAUAAGAGUGGAUACGAUAAGAAACUGCAGACCUUUACAUGGACAGUCCAGUGGCUAUUUAUUGAUGCUAAAGGAGUAACUCAAAAGGAUUUUCUCAGUUACAGAAUCAGUGAAACAGCCACACUUCGAGAUGCUGUACCGUUGAAUGUGCUACAAAGUGUACAGGAAAACAUACAAAAAGACCAGUUGAAGUUCUACCUUAAGAAUGUGUUUGCCCAACCUAAGUCCCACCAUAACUUGUACAUAUCAUUGGAUGGGGAUGCCGUGUUAGCAAACACAUUGAAAGAUACAGUAGUCUUGGAGUACCCAACCAUCUACGUAUCCACCGAGGAGCUCACCGUCAACGUUGUUGGUGUUGAAAAGGCAUAUCUCGAAGAUUCUGGCAGCGACACUGAGAGUGAGAGCGAUAGUGACCACAGCGAUAGUGAUACGGACCUGGACUUCAGCUCCAGCUCUAAUGACUCACUGGACCAAUCGGGAUCUGACGAUGAGGCUCCCGAAGAGCUUCCUAUAAAUGCAUCAAAGCCUUCAGAACCAUUAGCAUAG